AUGCCUACGUUCACCAUUAGCCGUGAAAACUGGCAGCGAUUCAAGAUCCUUGAACUUGCUGACCCAAGCUGUCACUUACCAGCUCAAACUGAUAUGGUAAUCGGCAGCGAUAUACUUCCACAAAUCCUGGUGGAAGGUAUAAAAAAGAUUUGCGACACUAUACUUGCGCAAAAAACAAUAUUUUGCUGGAUUCUCAGUGGUCCAAUAACCGAAAAUGUGGUGUCAUUCUCGACACAAGUAGAAGAGUGCUCGAAUACAACUCUGAGCUCUCAGCUUAGAAAGUUUUGGGAACAGGAGGAGAUUCCACAACCUCCACAAAUUUCCCCUGAAGAUGAGGCAUGUGAGCAUAUAUAUGCAACAACAACGACUCGUGCCCCAAACGGUGGAUACAUUGUGCGACUUCCAUUCAAGGAAGAAUUUCGAAAAAAGCUGUCUCUGGGCCACUCUCGGUCUGCUGCACUUCAGCAGUUUUUCAGUAUGGAGCGAUCGCUUCAGAAAAAAGGAGACUUAGCCACAAUGUACAAUAAUGUGUUGCAAGAGUAUCUCGACCUCGGUCAUAUGGAGCACACGAAUCCAUGCGAGAUAAUUUCCAAUGGCAAAUACUUCUCUUUCUACUUGCCACAUCAUGCGGUCGUCAAACCAGAUAAGGUGUCCAAAGUUCGCGUGGUAUUCAACGCCUCAAAAACAUCUGGUUCAGGAAAAUCCCUGAAUGACGUGUUGCACACUGGUCCCACACUCCACCCAGAUCUCAUGCUGCUCAUUCUGCAGUAG